AUGACAUGGGAUCAUUUGCAUGCAACACUGACGAGCUUGCUGGAAUUGGAGUUCUAUGCCCUAUAUUUGUGCAGCUCGCCUCAGCGAUCGGCCUGCCUCUUGGUGGAAACUGAGGCCGCAGAGAUGCAACAGGUGCAGGCGACAGUCUUGAAUGAAAUGAAGGACGAAUGGAACAUGCUCCAAGAGAUGGAGGGCAACAGAGAGAUGCAUGCAUUGCUGCGAAAGGAAUGUCCUUUCGUGUUCUUCCACCACUUCAGGGAGGUGCCCGUCUGUUUCGCACAACACGAAUGGAAGAUGUGCCCGGACACGUUUUCCUGUGUGCAAGCCUGGUUCCCACGGUUCAGCUUUUCCUCGAAUAUCGAAGAUGUUUUCUCUUCUCUUCAAGAUGCAUGUCGCCGUGGUGUGAAGAACGGCGACGCAGGAUUGAGCAACUUGCAGUGUGUGUCGGUGCGAGCCAUUCAACAGAAGAUGGAUGUGGAGGGUGGCCCGAAGCUUGUGCAGCUCGAAAGCGAGGACUACGAAGGCAAUGCCGUUCGCAGUGCUGAGAUCCGAAUAGACGAUGUCUUGAAGCCGUACGAGACCACAAGUGCUUACAAUCACUGCAAAUCCCAGCUCAAUUUCCUCAAGGGCUUGAGGCUUGCAAAGAAGAGUGGCCGGGAUCUGCUCGAAGCUUCGGAGAGCUUUUGGAUUUCGGCAAUUAUGCAAAGGGGCCAGCUGCUUCAAAUCGGUGAAUCCUUCUACCUCUGUGUGGGCGGGGCCCCCGCAGUGCUCUAUGUGCCGGCAUUGCCGCUGGAGGAACUGAGACUGCUGUUCGAUGGACCUGUGCCCCAGGGCACACAGGACGAGUCGCAGAUGCUGGCUCAGGCGACCAGGUAUGCAGUGAAGGACCCGCUGUUGGAGCAUGAGAGGGUGAAGGCCCUGGUGAUCAAGAUUAGAAAUGGGCAGCAUCCUCUGCAAGCAAUGCUGCUGGAUGAUAUCGCCAAUGUCCGAGUUUUCUCCUACACUGUCCACUGGCUCCCUGCAAGCUAUUCUGCCAAACUUGGAGUUUCGCUCUGCCUACGAAGGGCAGCAAGUGGACUGCCCCCUGUGGUGGACAUGGUGAAAAGCAAAGCCAUUGUACGCCUGACAUCAGAGCAGCUCUCGAAGCUUUUGGGGGCCCACGGAGUUACAGCAAGAAAAAGCAGCACCAAGACGUUCAAGACGAGACAGCUCAUGCAAUUGCCCCUUGUCACCCAGCACUGCUCCCAAGAGGAGCUGACAGCUUUGGAUGACCUGCUGAAACAGAUUGAUGCAAAGAGACGAAAGCAGCCAAAGGAAGAGCAGCAAGGGGAUGAAGAUGAAGAGGAGGCACCGAUUGGUGAGAUUGUUAGGUUUUCUGAGAAACAAGCAAUGUUGGUUCUCAGACUCAUUCAAGCAAUGGCUCAGGCCUUGGAUGAGGCAGGGGACCAGGCUCACGAUCCUGCUGUGGAGUUUGCAGAGCAGAUGCUUGGACAGAUGCCGGACACCGAGGACGAGGACGAAGGACAGGGCCCGAAUGCUGCUGAUCCGGCUGCCGCAGCCGAGGGGGCAGAUGGCGAGCCAGGGGAUGGCGAUCAGCAGGGUGAGCAGAGGAUCAGGGCAAGUCGCAAAGCGAUGUCGAGCUGCAACUCUGUGCCAGAUUGGCUGCAAAGCCGCUAUGCCAUGCCCGAUGACUGCAUCGUCACACAUUUGGUUCACUCCACGAAGUUGCUGCCACAUUUCCAGGAGGAACAUCGGCCCGGCCUGCAACAGCCCACGCGCGUCAAGCUUGCCCUGGGUAUCUUUGCGGGCCUUGCGCUCUUUGGGUCCCUCUCUAUCGCAACUCUGAACAUCAUCGUCGCCAUGGACAAGCGAUUGUUGCAAGUCUUCGAGCCAUCGUUUCCAAUACUCAACCCGCUGCUGUUCCUCAUGCUGUCAGGUUUCACGGCAAGGUCGCUUUGGACCACCAUCUGCGCACCGGAGGGUGAACCUGGAACGGGUAGAAGAAUAUCCUGGAUCGAGGCUUUCCGUGCCACUGGACACCUCUUCCAUGUCAAGGUCGCUUUGUUUGAGCUUCUUCAGCUCUUCAACCAGGCGAGGAACUUGGUCAGGCUUCUCUUCAUUGGGCAGGCGGCUGUUUGGCUUUGUGCCUACUCCAGCCUCAUCUGCCUCAAUGCCGUGGUGACACCCAUCCUGCACUUCUCUCCGAGAGUUCAAAACAACACCUUCUUCCUGAUCCUCUUUGAUGCACUGAUUGACACCACUUUCGGUGCCAUUCUGCCCGCUUGCAUGGUGGUGGAGGUCACCCUUCAAUGGAUAUCAGCGAAUGCGCACGACAGCAUCCCCAUGGACCGGCGUAAAAUCGCACAGGCAUUCUUGGCCGGGAGAAGCAUCGUGCCCACGAGCAGCACCCAACUGGCUUCGCUCGCUUGGCCCUAUAUCUCUCUGUGGGUGAAGUUCGUCGACCUCCACCAUGCGCGCGAGUUUUGGAGAAACAAAGGAGUCAUAGACCAAAGGCGACGGGUUUGUGGUCCUUGGAUCUUUGGGCUGGCCUACCUGCUCACUGGACUUGCCGUGGGCCUGCUCGGACUCACUGCCAGGUUGCGAUCCUCAUGUUGGAGCAAGAGCUGGGCGGAUGACUGCAGUGUCUUCCGCUUCGAUCUUUCUGGGAGCUCCUGCGAAUGUGCUUACUUUGAGAAGCACUUCAAAUGUGUGGACGAGGCGGUGCUUGUGGAGAUGCUUGGGGAGUCGCGAUUGCUAGGGGUGCUUUCGCUGAAAGGUUGCCCAGAGCGCCGGAAGCUUCCAUCCCUUUCUCACAAUGUCGCGCUCCAGUAUUUGAUCCUUGACACCAACUCCCUUGAGGAGCUCCCUGUGCUGAGCCGAUUGGUGGAUCUGAGGGAGCUCCACGUGCGAGAGAAUCGACUGCGCGAGUUGCCGGACCUGUCAUCCAACGUGAAGCUCACAAUCUUGGACGUGGAGAAAAACCAUCUCUCGCAACUGCCGUCGUUUGAAGGGAAUCCGCAGCUCACAGACAUCCUGGCAGCUGAAAACAACAUCUCCGUGGCUCCGGACCUUCGCAAGAAUCCGGUGCUUCAGAUCCUCAAUCUCGAGAAAAACGAGUUGCAUGAGGCGCCUUCCCUUGACGGCAACCCGGAGCUGGUGUACCUCUUCGUGGAAAUGAACCACCUCACCGCCCUUCCAAGCUUGCGCAACAAUCGCAAGCUCCAGGUGAUCAAUGCAGAGAAAAAUCAGCUGAAGUUCUUGCCAUCCCUUGAAGCAGCAUCGCAGCUUGAGCAGCUGUGGCUCGUGGGCAACCAGUUGCAAGAGCUGCCCAGUUUCGAGGCCAAUACAAAGCUACAGUUCCUGGAUGUCUCAAUGAACGAUUUGAAAUCUCUGCCCAGUUUAGCCAAAGCUGAAAGUCUGAAGUUGCUGGAGCUCACAGCGGCUUUCAACCAGAUCGAGCGUCUGGAUUUUACUGCCCCCGCCUUCCACUCUCUGAUCUAUUUGAAUUUGGAUGGCAACCUCUUGGAAGCUGUUGAUGGCCUCGACUCCCUCGUUGACUUGACACACCUUUAUUUGGCAAAUAACUCCUUACAACAGUUGCCGGACCUUGCAGCAAGCCAACUGUUUGAUCUUGAUCUCUCACACAAUCGCUUGCAAAGUCUCCCGUUUUUAGGGAGCCUCGGUAAGUUGCAGCUUUUGAAUGCAGAGAACAACUGUUUGACAUCUGUUCCAGGUCUAGCGAAUCUGACCCACUUGAAGUGGUUGCGCCUGACGAACAACAACCUAACGGAGCUUCCCAGUUUGAAAGCAUGCAGCCAUAUGAGGCUUGUGUCCGUAAGCCACAACUCGCUUGUGUCCAUCGGACGUCUUCCGGUUUUUCUUGAUGAGUUCAGCGCCGGGCACAACCGCCUGACACGAUUAUCCAUUCCAAAGCAGAUAAGAAUGCACAGCCUGGAUAUUACUCACAAUCUGUUGGAGGAGUUCUCAUUGCGUCCCUUCGCCAAAUCCCAGUUAUUGUACCUGAGUGUUCGUGGCAACCGCUUGAAGAGAUUGCCCGGCUUGGAGAAUCUGGAUGAGCUGCGUUUCCUCGAUGCCUCCGAGAAUCAACUGACAGAAUUGCCGGCAGCCGCCGACAAUCUGAGAAUGGCACUUCACAGCGAGGAGCAACUGCCCCCGAGGCGCUUCGGGGAGGCUUUGGCAGCUUUGUCGGAGUUGGGAGCCGACUUAGAGGACGUCUACGAGACGCUAUCGCAGCGCCUCGCCGACAACAUUCUCUGGUGGCGUCGAGAAGAUGGUCGAACGGAGGACUUUGCAUUGCUCUUUGUGAACAGGUGGUUCUUCGAUCUUCUGGGGACGCGCGUGGGGCAAGGCCGGGCCGUUUUUGACCUUGCUCCGGCGGAGCUUCUGCGGGACAGGCUUUGCAAGGAGCUUCCAGAUGCCGUUCGUGCACCGGGAGAUCUCGCCAGGCUGAUCCGGGUUAUGGAGGCCAUGACGAUGAAUCGGGCACAUCGGCCGAUUCUGUGGCACGCUUUCCUCGCCACCGUGUCCCGCGCUGUGCCUUAUGAGGUUGGCUUGGCAUGCCAUACGUGGCUACCUCAGCUGCUGGAGCUCAUGAGGCGCUCGCCCUUCGCUCGCAACAAGGUGUUAAUGGAGACGGCAGCGCGCAUGGCAGGCCCGGUGAUCCAAGCUGCACCUGGGCCGGAGCUCGCCAGGAUGCUUCAGACGCUUGUGGGGCUCCGGGAAGAGUCCUUUACCGAGGCAGUUGUUCAGCGGCAUGCCGCCGCCUUGGAAGACAGACUGCUGGAACCGUCAACUCUGGGAAGUGCGCGCGUUGCGACGCUGGCCGCCCUAGCGAACGGAGGCGGCACGGGCGUUGACACGCCGUGGUGGCGCGAGCGCAUUCUGAGGCCCUGGGGGGCGGAGUUGCGGCGCCUUGUCGCUGCUCUGCGCCAGGGGCCACGUCGCCUGGGGCGAGGCACAUAUGAGUCCGAGCUGAUACAGAUGCAGUUGAGCGACGUGGGCUCCAGGUGGCAGCCCGGGGUACUCGGUGCCUUGGGGAUCCCAUCUCCGCCACGUUCCUUUGUGCUCAAAGGGGCCCGUGCGGUGCUGAGGCACAGGCGCCAGACCGACGCAUCGAGCCCGUGGGCUCUCCGAGCCUUGGGCUUCCUCUCCUUCCGCCUCGCCUGGUCUUCGGGACAAGCCGUGGAAGACGGCACGCUCAUCUUCACCGCCGCCCGGCAGAUGCAGGCAGACGAGGACGUCGAGCUUAUGUCGGUGGAUAUUGGGUUCCUGGAUCGGCGCUACCGCCGUCACGGCGAUGUCGAGCGCGUGGCACUCCUUCGUACUCUGGCUGCGCUGCCGGCGCGGGAGAGGACGACGGUGACUGGCACAGUCGACCUGUACGUCGACCGCGCUGUUUGUCUGUCCUGCUUAGGCAUUCUUCGCCAGUUUCAUGAACUCCUACCGAAGGUGGAGCUCCGGCUCGCCGUCGCCGGGCCACCUUUCUUCCGACACUUCGCAAGCCGGCAGAAGGGCGGCGUGGAGCGAGAGCCGUGCCGGGACACCUCGCUGAUGGAGGGUGACAUCCGCGCCUGGGAUCCAUGA